AUCCUCCAGUCCAUCCUCCGGUGCCUCCAUCACCACCUCCUCCAUCACCCUUCCGCCCCAUCCAUUCACCGGCCUCCUCCUGUGGCUAUUAUCCUCGAAAUCCG